AUGCCACCAUCUACAAGUAUUGUCGAAUUCCGGGAGGCUCUCCGUGCCAGCCGCAAUAUCGUCGCCAUCGCAGGCGCUGGACUUUCCGCUGCUUCAGGCAUCCCAACUUUCAGAGACUCCGGUGGCUACUGGAAGAACUUCGACCUCAAUUCCAUCGCCACUCCUCAGUCUUUCCAGACCAACCCAAAUUCGGUGUGGCAGUUCUAUCUCGAUAAAUAUGUCGAAGCUCUACAAGCACAACCUAACCCCGCGCACCUCGCAGUAGCAGUACUUUGCAUCCCAGAGCGCUUGCAUGUCCUCGCGCCUGAGGCUAUAUUCACCCUUGUGACGCAGAAUGUUGAUGGCCUUACCCACUCUCCCUCAACCAGUCCAUAUCCUAUGUUUGAGAUGCAUGGUCGGUUGGAUGAAGUGCUAUGCACGCUCUGUGGGCAACGAGAAAAAAUCACCAAAGGGCUUCUCUCUGUACCUUUGGAAGAUUACUCAGUACGGACUGACGUUGAGAAGCAGGCUUUGCUGAAUGACCUGCCUCGGUGUAGUCAUUGUUCCAGUCUCCUUCGCCCUGGCGUCGUGUGGUUUGAAGAAACGCCGCUCCAUCUGCGGGAAAUUUGGGACAUCAUUGAUAGAGCCGAUAUGUGUCUCGUCAUCGGUACUUCAUCUACAGUUCAGCCUGCAGCAGGAUUUGCGCAUGUGGUUUCUGAGCGCGGUGGUACAGUUGCUGUCUUCAAUUUGAAGCUUGAGGAAAGCGAUGAUGAGCCAGAUUUUUUAUUUUUGGGAUCUUGCGAGCAGACUCUGCCGCGCGUUUUGUUCGCGAUCGAUGUGUAG